GGGUUACAGUGAUAUUGUGUCCAUUGUGUCACAAUAUUACGUUUCGUAAAAGACUGUGGGAAGAAUUACAUAGAAUAGUGUCCAAAAUAUUAAGAAUAACACUUGAUCUAUCGGAUAAAGAAAAAUCGUAGUGAUAUAGUGACUUCGUCCGGCUAUCUGGGCGUUCUCACUAGGAAGUACUAGCUGUUACAAUAUUGUAAUGCACUGCCUAAAUAACUUUGAAACGUUGAUCAAAUUUUAUAAAUCGAUUUAUAGUAAUAAAAUUCUGCAUUAAAUGAAUAUUAGUAGAAGGCGAAUGUUAAUUAGCGAACGUGCGGAAAUAUAAUUGGUUGAAAGUUGAACGGGCUGACUGGCGAAAAUUAUUUGCACCGCAGUGCGGAGGCUCGCACAUUCCAUUCGUAUUAAUAUUUAUAAAUAAAGCGUGAAACACGUUAAUAGAAGAUGAAAUCGAUUUGAUCGUAUUUCUACGUAACAUAGAAGAUAAAUAGUUAUAAUAAUGCGUGUGAUAUACUGUUGUAUAAGUUUAUUAGCAGUGUUACUGUCGAUAGCUCGUGGGAGUGAGCUAGACUACGACGGCUGGCUGCAGUUACGAUUAUGGCACGCGUUUAAUGAUGAGCCGGAGCCCAUUUUUAUAGAAAGGGGCAACAUCACUGUAUCCAGCGUUCGCAGCGGUGCCUCUGUCGUCGGGCAAAAUGGAUUGUUACCAGCUCAUAUAAAGGAGCUAAUAAAUCUUGCCAAAAACGAUGGCAAGUAUAGGUUGAAAACAGUAGCUCGGACAUCUUCAGGGAGUGAAAUAACAUUUCUAACUUCGAUACCUGCGUGCUAUCUCCUUGGCUCCGAUUUAGAAGAUUCUAUAACAAUUUGGUUGGAUAGUGCUGCAGAGCCGAUAGCAGUCAAAGAUGAAAUCGAUUUGAUCGUAUUUCUACGUAACAUAGAAGAUAAAUAG